AACAGUUCCGGCGUCACUGCUAGUGGAACGUACCCCGCCAACCAUGCGAGGGUCCUGGAGCCAAGUGGUUACCCUAGCGGUAAUUUUACAAAUCGCUCUAGUAUCAAGCAAGGCGUUGUUACCACAAAACAAUGUACAAGCAGAGCAGCAGUUGAAACAGAAUGAUCAAAGUCCCACCACAGCGCAGAGACGUGAUGGAUACGAUUACCCAGCUCCACCCAGUGAUCUAGUUAAUCCUUUCCAAGACCACGACGAUUAUCAUGGACAUGGCGACCACCACGAGGUUUCCGAUCAUCACGAGCACCAUGAUGUCCACAUAGAUGACCAUCAUCAUGUUGAGGAGGAACACCAUGAUCACCAUGAACAUCACGAUCAUCACGAUCACCACGAUCCCGGCUACUGGAAAAAGAAACUGAUCUGGAAACCGGGAUGGAAGAAAAUUUGGAAACCAGCCAAGAAACAAAUUUGGAAGCCCUCGUGGAAAAAGAUUUGGAAACCCAUCUGGGUACCCACUAAAAUUCCAGUUUGGAAAGAAAUCAAAGUGCCUGACUGGAAAAAGAUCCACAAACCCGAAUGGAAGCCCAUUAAAGUUCCAGCUUGGAAGGAAGUAAAAGUCCCAGAUUGGAAAAAGAUUACAGUUCCCGUGUACAAAGAUAUUGUUGUCCCGGGAUGGAAAGACAUACAACUUCCGGCUUGGAAAAAAAUUUGGGUCCCAGAAUGGGUAAAAGAAGGAGUACCGGGCGAGAAAUAUUUAGGUAAAGAUCACGAGGGUUGGGAAUAUACAUCUCAUGACUUAUGGCGAAAGAAGUUGGUCUGGAAACCCGUAUGGAAGAAAUAUUGGAAGCCUGGGAAAAAGCAAAUAUGGAUACCAGAUAAAAAACUUGUUUGGAAAGACGAAUGGAAGCAAAUUUGGAAAACAGAAAAGAAACAGAUUUGGAUCGAUGACAAGAAAUUAGUUUGGAAAGAAGCCUGGCAACAGAUUUGGAAACCAUCCAAGAAAUUAAUAUGGGUACCUGAUAAAAAGUUGGAGUGGAAAGAAGCUUGGAAACAAAUUUGGAUUCCUGACUGGAAACAAAUUUGGGUGCCGGGUGUAAAAAAGAUUUGGAGACCAGUAUGGAUAUCAGAAUGGUUCCCAUCCCCUGAUCAUCACGAGCAUGUACACGAGUCCCACGGAUGGGACCGAAGUGACAACAGUGUGUCAGCGAGUCAAAAAUCCGAGACCAUAAAGCCAGCUCCUCAACAAGCAGCUCCUAAGCAAUCUGAACAAAGCACAUGGCAGUUUCCAAAAUAGUAAUACCUAUUGUAAAUAAUUUCAUAAUUAAUUAUUUCUUUACCAAUUAUGGGUCCGACGAAGUCAAUCACAAGUACAUUGCAAGUCGUUCGGAGAUAAUAUCAGAGAUAUGCCAUAUAAAUCAAGACUGUGAAGUUGCUGCGAGACGUUUAUCAUUGGAUUUAAGGGACGGUCGCAUGAAGGCAGAUAAUGUAGGUAACCUAAUUUUCCUACUAAAUAGAAUAUGCAAAGCGAACAGAGUGCUCCGCCUACGCGAUUGCUUCUUGAUGAUAUGAUUGCUGUGAACAAACUCAGACAGUUAAUGUGUUCUGUGUAAAUUGACAAAGAUUUAUUGGUGUUUCUUUGUAAUGAAAAGCUUUAAAGUCAGUGUUUAAUAUGCUAUUAGUCUACUGAUAUGAGUCUGAAUAUCACGUGUCCUUAAUUAUGUGAAUGUGGUUAGGGUAUCAGUCUGAGUCCACUGAUGCUUUGUUUUGUUAUUGUUUAUGAUUAUUUAGUGUUAUUUUUAAGUUUUACAAUUAGUCAUUAAUUGCGGUACCAAUGAAAUGAAAUAAAGUAUGUUUGUUGUGUUAUGUA